AUGCUACAAGGAAGGAUACCAAGUUUUGCAAACUGCUCAAAGCUCAGGGUGCUGGAUGUUUCAUACAACAAUCUAGUUGGCCAAUUUCCUACUGAGUUGCCUCCUGUCCUUCAGGUGCUGCGUGUUGGGACUAAUAACCUUACUGGCACCAUCCCAGCUUCUCUUGUCAAUAUAACAACACUAACCACCAUUAGCUGCCUGAAUAAUCAAAUCAAAGGAAAUAUCCCAAGUGAGUUUGCAGAUCUGCCCAGCUUGCAGUACCUGUAUGCAGGUGGCAAUAAGCUGGCAGGCAGUUUUCCACAAGCCAUCUUGAAUCUUUCUACUCUCAUUGAACUUGACCUUGGUCUCAACGGUUUAAGUGGAGAUCUGCCACCAAAUCUCUGUACCGCUCUCCACAAUCUCCAGACACUUUUUUUGGGUGGCAACAUCUUUCUAGGCGGGCACAUUCCUAGUUCAUUAAGUAGUGCUUCCAAUCUAUACGAAGUUGAUUUUUCAGGUAACAACUUCACCGGAUUGGUGCCCACCACUAUUGGCAAACUUACCCAGCUCUCGUCGUUGAAUCUUGAAAAGAAUCAACUCCAAGCACAUAGCAGGGAAGAAUGGGAGUUUUUGGACAGCUUAGGCAAUUCCACGGACCUACAGAUGUUCUCCGUUAGUCGGAAUCGCCUAUCAGGGCAUGUCCCAAAUUCAUUAGGUAACCUUUCCAAUCAACUCCUGGAGAUAUACUUGGCAGAAAAUCAACUAUCAGGGGAUUUUCCUUCCGGCAUAGCAAACCUUCGCAACUUGUUUAUUCUAACAUUGGGGAUGAAUCAAUUUACAGGUGUGGUUACGGAGUGGAUUGGAUCUGUCAAGAUUUUGCAGCAAUUAGUUUUAGAAGCAAACUUCUUUACGGGGGUCAUUCCGUCAUCCUUGUCAAACUUGUCUCAAUUGGGAGAGCUCUAUCUAUCCUCGAACCACUUCAUUGGUCACAUACCAGCAAGCUUUGGAAACUUUUCGACGCUUCAAAAUUUGGACAUUUCCAACAACAAUCUUCAUGGUAGGGUUCCUUUGGAGAUCUUUAAAAUCCCAACAAUAUUUCAGAUUGAUUUUUCUUUCAACAAUCUAGAUGGCCAACUUCCUACCGACAUUGGCAAUGCCAAACAACUCGUACAUUUGGUACUUUCAUCAAACAAACUAUCUGGUGAUAUUCCCAAAACUCUGGGUGAUUGUGAAAGUUUAGAAGACAUUGAGUUAGACUCAAAUAUUUUUGGUGGCAGUAUUCCCUCUUCAUUAGACCACAUAACCAGCCUCAAAUUUUUGAACUGUUCUAGCAAUAACUUAACUGGGUCAAUACCACUAUCUCUUGGCAACCUACAACAUCUUGAGAAACUAGAUUUGUCAUUCAACCAUCUUCAAGGCGAGGUUCCAGCAAAAGGGAUAUUCAAGAAUGCAACUGCCAUUCGGAUUGAGGGGAACCAGGGACUGUGUGGUGGGCCAUCAGAGUUACUCAUGCAAGCAUGCGUUGUUACGCCUUCAAAUUCAACUAGAAACAAUGAAUCUUUAGUGCUCAAAGUAGUUAUCCCAAUAAUCAGUAUGGUUUUACUUGGUAUGGUCAUAUUUGGCAUAUUGAUAUGGAGAGGAAAGCAUAAGAGCAAAUCUAUAUCUGUACCAUCAUUUGCUACAAAAUUUCCCAAGAUUUCUUUUAGUGAUCUAGCCAGAGCGACAGAGGGAUUCUCAACGUGCAACUUAAUUGGCUGCGGGAGAUACAGUUCUGUAUAUCGAGGAAAUCUAGUUGAAGAUGAAAUUGAGGUUGCCAUAAAAGUCUUCAACUUAGAGACAAGAGGAGCACACAAGAGCUUCAUUGCAGAAUGUAAUGUGUUGAGAAAUGUGCGGCAUCGUAAUCUGGUCCCUAUCCUAACUGCGUGCUCAAGCAUUGAUUCUACUGGUAAUGAUUUCAAGGCCCUGGUGUAUGAGUUCAUGCCACGCGGAGACUUACAUAAUCUGUUAUAUUCAACUAUAGACUAUGAAGGCUCUUCAGAUUUGGACCUUCUUACAAUGAGUCAAAGGAUGUGCAUCGUGGUGGAUGUAGCGGAUGCAAUGGAGUACCUACACCAGAACAACCAAGGAACAGCGGUUCAUUGUGAUCUGAAGCCUAGCAACAUUCUAUUGGAUGACAAUAUGACAGCUCAUGUUGGAGACUUUGGCUUAGUAAGAUUCAAAGUUGGUUCCGCGACGUCAUCUCUUGCUAACCCAAGCUCUUCUUCGGUUGGACUAAUGGGAACGAUCGGAUAUGCUGCUCCAGAAUACGCAGGCGGUGGUCAAGUUUCAACUGCCGCGGAUGUUUACAGCUUUGGUGUCGUCCUUCUCGAAAUAUUCCUUCGGAGAAGGCCAACUGAUGACAUGUUUAAGGAUGGACUGAGCAUUGUGAAGUUAACAGAGAUCAGCUUCCCUGAUAGGGUAAUGGAGAUUGUCGAUCCUCAGCUCGUACAAGAGUUGGAGCUUUGCCAAGAAACUCCAACAGCUUUGAAGGAAAAAGGUGUACGCUCUCUGCUAUCUAUGCUAAACGUUGGCCUUUCUUGCACGAAGCCUUCUCCGCAUGAACGCACCAACAUGCACGAGGUGGUUGCCAAGCUACCUGAAUAAGUAAGCUGUCGUAUGUUUGAUGUUUUAUUGCAUUGUGUGUGUAAUGACAUGUACUUUCCGGCGA